GUGCAGGAGUGGUUGUCGUGCGGGGAGAGGAGUGAGGCCCAAUGGGAGCGAGGGGCGGAGCCUCGUCAGCCAAUGGCGGUGGAGAGGGGUGAUGACGUAGACACGCUGACAUUCCCAAAUGCAAGAUGUCAGACCCGAUGUUGCCGAUGUGCUUCAUGUUGGCAACGGACAUACUGAGGCCGUACCUAGCCAAGGGUAUCCCAGAACACAACAUCCCUCCCAUCGAGCCGCUGGUCAUCCCCAUGGUGAUGUUGCAGCAGGGAACAUCCGCCGUCAACUACCACGCCAACCUCAAGAACAUCAUGGUCUUCGGCCUCGCCAACUAUCAGUUCAAGAAUGUCGUACUGAAUGCAAAUAAGUUGAUGGCAGCCGCCAGGAUAGAGAUUCCCAACAUCAUGCUUCUGUCUGACUACACCAUCAAGGGACGAGCGCUGGUCGUACCCAUACAAGGCAACGGGAUCUUCCGGGCCAACCUAACCAAUGUUCAAGCUGAUGUAAUGAUUGCUGCCAACCUCAAGAAGCGCAAGGGUGAGGACUACCUCCACAUCAAGAUGGUCAAGAGCAGACUGAACGUCGGCAAAGCUACGGCUAACUUCGAGAACCUCUUCAACGGGGAUAAGACCCUCAGUAAAGCAACCAACGACUUUGUCAAUGAAAAUGCCCACGACCUUAUUGACGAAAUCAAGCCAGCGGUGGAAGCAGUGGUCUCUAUGCUUGUGGAAGACAUCGGAAACAAAGUUCUUAAAACAACACCGUUCAACUCACUCUUCAUACCUGAAUAACUUCCUCGGCGCCAACUUAAUUUAUUACUUAUUUAUUGCAAAUGACUGUGAUCUUUCUGUUAGUGUAAUAUAAAUUA